UCUUCCGGUGGGACUGUCGACUGAAAGAUGGCGAGUGCGGCGUUGUCGGUUACAGCGCUGUGGAAUGAAGUGAGUCGUCAUGGACAGAACGGUGACUACACGAGGGCGCUCAAAGCAAUUAAUAAACUUCUUCAGGAAAAUAAAGAUGAUGCCACUGCACUGCACUGCAAAGUAGUCUGCCUUAUUCAUAAUGGAAAUUUCAAGGAAGCCUUGAAUGUUAUCAAUACCCACACUAAAGUGCUUGGCAGUGAUGCUAUUGCCUUUGAAAAAGCUUACUCGGAAUACAGGUUGAACCGAGUGGAGAAUGCCCUGAAAACAAUUGAAAAUACCAAUCAGGAAACAAACAAGUUGAAAGAACUUUAUGGCCAAGUGCUAUAUAGGUUAGAACGCUAUGAGAAGUGCUUGACAGUGUACAGGGACUUGAUCCGAAACUCCCAAGAUGACUAUGAAGAAGAGAGAAAAACCAAUAUGUCAGCAGUGGUGGCAGCAAUGAACAUCUGGGACAAACCUCCUCUGGAUGAUUUUGGAUUACAUGAAACCACAUAUGAACUUUGUUACAAUUUGGCCUGUUCUCUUAUUGGUCAAGGAAGACUAACAGAAGCUAUGAAAAAGCUGCAGGAAGCAGAAGUGUUAUGCAGUCAGUCUUUAUCUGAGGAUUCUGAUAUGACAGAAGAAGAUAUUAAUGCAGAGCUGGCGAUUAUUCAUUCCCAAAUGGCCUAUGUGAUUCAGCUACAGGGGAGAACUGAGGAUGCUUUGCAGCUCUACAAUCAAGUCAUUAAAUUAAAGCCUGCAGAUGUUGGAUUGGUUGCUGUCACUGCUAAUAACAUAAUUACCAUCAAUAAGGACCAGAAUGUAUUUGACUCUAAGAAAAAAGUUAAACUGACCAAUGCCGAAGGAGUGGAGCACAAACUUGUCAGAAAACAGAUUCAAGCUAUUGAUUUUAACAAAGCUUUACUAGCUUUGUAUACUAAUCAGGCAGAGCAGUGCCGUAAAUUAGCUUCAAGUUUACAGGCUCAGAAUCCAGGACACCCUCGACCUGUGCUAAUCCAAGUGGCACAGUUCUGCAAGGAAAAGCAACAUUCAAAAGCUUUGGAACUGCUUCAGAGUUUCUCUCAGAAACACCCUGAACGGGCAGCUGAAAUAAAACUAACAAUGGCACAGUUGUACCUGGUUCAAGGUCAUGUUACCAAAGCUUGUGACAUUUUAAAAUCAAUUGAAGAUUACAAGUAUAAAGCAGGGAUGGUUUCCGCUUUAGUGACCAUGUAUAGUCAUGAAGAAGAUAUUGACAGUGCAAUUGAUGUGUUCAGUCAAGCAAUUCAAUAUUUCCAAGAAAACCAGCCCAACUCACAAGCUCAUUUGUUUCUUGUAAGAGAAGCUGCAAAUUACAAACUAAAGUAUGGACGAAAAAAGGAAGCAAUAAGUGACUUGGAGCAGCUUUGGAAGCAGAAUCCAAAGGACACACACACCCUGGCACAGCUGAUUUCUGCAUACUCUCUGGUAGAUCAGGAAAAGGCAAAAUCUCUCAGCAAACAUCUACCCUCACCGGACACUAUGUCUUUCAAAGUAGACGUGGAUGAACUAGAAAAUUCUCAUGGUGCCACAUAUGUCAGAAAAAAGCCAGCAAAAGUGACAGGCGAAAAUAUGCAACAGAAUGAACAAGGGCACAUUGACAUAAAGAAAAAGAAGAAGAAAAAGAAGGGUAAAUUGCCAAAGAAUUGCGAUCCCAAAGUAGCACCAGAUCCAGAGCGUUGGUUGCCAAUGCGGGAGCGUUCAUACUACCGUGGGAAAAAGAAAGGCAAAAAGAAGGAGCAAAUUGGAAAAGGAACUCAAGGGGCAACAUCUGGAGCUUCGGCAGAGCUGUUGGAUGCAAGUAAAACAGCAAGUAGCCCACCCACAUCCCCGAGACCAGGAAGUACAGUGUCGGCACCUUCAAGCAACAUUGUCCCACCCCGGCAGCAAAAGCCUGCUGCAUCUGGAGGCACCAGGAAAAAACCUCAGCAGAAGAAAAAGAAAGGUGGAAAGAGUGGAUGGUGAUAAUUUGAGUUAAAGACAGUGAUCAAAUGAGCUUUGGAGAAAAAAAUAUCACUUUUCAAAGUUUAUUACUUUUUUUAAAUAUGUUUUAAAGUUUUCUUUUCUGUUAAGGAAUAAUUUAACUGGACCGUCAUUUGUUUCAGAUUACCAAUUAUUUAAAAAAAAGCCAGUUAAUUUCUCAUUUAAGAAAGCAGAGUUUUUGACAUUUUUUCUUUCCUAAUGAGACAUUUUGCCUUGAUGAACUUGUAAUAAAGAGAACCUUGUGGCAUGAAA